ACGCCACCACCAUUACCACCGCCAGCUUUACCUCUGAAUCUCAAAAACCAUAAAAUAGCGAUCGCUUGUAAUUGGAUCCCGAUCAUUUUCUCGGGAGGAUUUCUCCCACUCGUCUUCUACUUCCCCCUGCACUACACCACAACCCUCAACCUUCGCUACAUCCUCACAAUCCCUUUGGUCCUGACAGCAAUCACAACCCUCUUCUCCCUCGCCUCGAGAAUCUAUAGUCUGGCGAAACCCGGAUCGAAAUGUCGCCCUCUUCAUCCCAAAAAUCAUGAUGAGAUUAAUACUACCAACUGGGACUUUUGGACCUUGGAUUUCUUCACGUACAACUACCUCUUUGGAUUUUUCCUCGUGACAAUCCUCAUCUCCAUCGGAAUCGGGAUUUCAGCGACGAAACUCCGAAUCGUGGCUUUGCCGUUGAGUGUUUUGGUGUUGUAUAUCUGUGCGGAGAUGGUGAUGGCGGAAAUCGGGAUUUGGGCGAAGUGGAAGGCGCCGUUUUGGAUUUCUUCGAUUCCGAAAGGGGGCGUGUUGAGGCCUGCGGUGUUUGUGAUUGUGGAGGAUGUGGUGGCGGUGGAGGGGAAGGGGGGGAGGGAGUGGAGAGAGGUUUGGGGGAAGAGGUACGAGGCUGAUGAGGAGAUGAGGAGGUUUUUGGGGGAGAUGGAUUUUGUUUGGGGGGUGAGUGGGUUGGGUUUGGUGGGUGGGAUUUGGGGGGUUGUGUUUGGAGUGAGCAAUUCUGAGGUGGGGUUUGUGGUUGGGUGGAUUGCGCCUUGGGUUUGGGCGGGAGGGUUGACGGGGUUGACGAUUUGGAGGGCGAAGGGAAUGUUGGGGAGGAGUAGAAGAAGGUAU